AAGAGUAAUCUAAUCAACACCAGGAAACCAGAAAAAACAGGCAAAAUUUAUCAAAAAGUGCAUUGGCAUGUGAUCAUAAAUAUUUUUUUAUUAUUAUUAUUAUCCAUUCAUUUAUUUAAAAGAUUGCUUCUGCAUAAAACUUUCUGUCUGUGUUUGUGUGGUUUGUUUUUUUUCCAUCGAAUUCUACAAUUUGAAGAAAAUAUUUAGAAUAAAAUGUCAUCAUUUUGUUCAUCACCGGAUGAUCAAUCAUCAACAUUGAAUUUAAAUUAUAAUAAUAAUAAUGAUGAUAAACGAUUAAAUAUUGAUGUACAUUCAACUAGUUCAUCAUUGGCCACAUCACCGGUCAUUGAAUGUUCGAUUGUUGAUGAUUAUCAUAGCCAAAAUCAAUCAUCAUCAUCAAUAAAUGAUAAAAAAGAACAAAAUAAUAAUAAUAAUCAUAAAAAUAACAAUAAUGAUAAUGAUAAUAAUAGUAAUAAU